AUGAAGCUUGAGACCAAUACCAGAAUCUCCAUCCUUGCGCACGAUGGAACCACCAUCAAAAAUCGUAAGCCAUUCAGGGAAAGCACUUCAAGCACCCCUGGCAGCUUCUAAAUCUCAGUCUCAAAAAGAUGUUCAGUCACCCAAUAUAGUCGUACCUCUUACAUCAUUCCCACGCUUUGGAGAGUUGGCCAUGGAGAUUCGCCUUCAGAUAUUCAGAGAGGCCCGUCAGCCAAGAACUCUUGUGGUUACAACCAAUACACACGGAAUGAUUGAUAUGCCACAAUAUAUGGGCCUUCCGAAUGUACGCCCAGCUGCUCAUCUCAUGGUUCGGGAACAGCGUAAGUAUCCCCACCAAUGCAUUGCUCCUGGUGUACACUUGUGAAUCAUUAUUUUACCAUUUCUUUCUCAUUUUGGUCAUUGAACUAAUACCUCUGCCUGCAGCUCAAACCCAACUUCCUCUUCCAAACAGAGAAAGUCUUGCUGAAUUACUCCGAGAGAAAACCACCCUCAUCCCAACACGAAGCUGGCUUUCCACCCUCUUCUUCUUCAACGCUGAACUGGACACCCUCUACUUCACCAGCGAAGGCCAAAAAUGCUUCUGUCCCCACGCAUGGCAUAAUCUCCUUGUCCACCUCGCCAACUACGGUCAGAAAGUUCGCAAAAUUGCCGUUGACCUCAAACUGCUAGCUUGCCACAGCUCCGGGGAUCAACAUCGAUAUGAUAACCGUUGGAUAUACAAAGCAUUCCGAAACGUUGAAGAAAUUACCAUCGUAGUUGACAAAGGUCCCGAACCCGCAGCUAGGGAAUUCUGUCUCUGUAAGUCUUACGAUAAUGAUCUUAUCAUUACACAUCUGGGACAUUAUCUACGGAUGGUUGAGAACCUUACGGUUAUGGAUUUUUUCUGCAGUGGGAUGCGCGAUUUCUUGGCAUGGUUAGACUACCAGGCCGGUAGAAAUUGGAAGUGCACUUGCUGGAAAGAUGGACCGACGAUGCCAAAGUUCAGACAAGCAAUUUGGGAGGGAACACCUGGAUUUCAUUUGAGCCCCACUGAUCCUGGCCUCUUGCCUAUCUUCUCGAACCCGGUAGAGAAUUCGUGUGAUUGCGAGCAUGAGGAUACAGUUGAGGGUAGCAUUUGGGCUGAGGUUGAAGUGGAUUGA